GUGACGCGGUGACGUACUGGGGAGGGGGCGCGUGCGCGGUGCGGGGCCCGACGGAAAAUGGCCGCUUCCUAGGAGGAGGGGAGCGACGGCGGAGCAGGAGUUGGAGUGAGAGCCUCCCCCCCCCCCCCAACCGGUUCUCUCUGCUGGUUCCCACUUCAAAAUGAAUGUUAUCAAAGAGAACAAGGAUUUGGCCUGUUACUACACAACAAAACACUCGUGGAGGGGAAAGUACAAGCGAGUGUUUUCCGUCGGCUCGCACGCCGUGACUACCUACAAUCCCAGCACCCUUGAAGUUACUAAUCAGUGGCCUUAUGGAGAUAUCUGCAGCAUCAGUCCAGUCGGCAAGGGGCAAGGCACAGAAUUCAACCUGACCUUUCGCAAAGGAAGUGGGAAAAAGUCUGAAACCCUCAAGUUUUCCACUGAACAUAGAACAGAGUUGCUGACGGAGGCAUUGCGGUUCCGGACCGAGUUUUCGGAGGGAAAAAUCACUGGAAAGCGCCAUAACUGUUACAAACACCACUGGACAGAUACAAGAAAGCUGGUGGUCCUUGAAGUGACUCCAGGAGGGAUAGAUCAGAUUGACGCGACGACGAAUAAAGUUGUAUGUUCCUAUGACUACAAAAACAUCGAAGGGUUUGCCGAACUGUCCGAUUAUCAAGGUGGCUUUUGCAUCAUUCAUGGAGGAUUUAAUCGAUUGCACCUUUUUGCAUCUGAACAAAGGGAAGAGAUCAUCAGGAGUGCGAUUGAGCACGCCGGCAACUUCAUCGGCAUUUCUCUCCGCAUCCGCAAAGAACCGUUUGAGUUUGACUUGUACCAGAGUCACCGCUUUGGAAAGUACAGCAAUGACGAGUCCAUCACCUCACUGGCAGAAUUCAUCGUGCAGAAAACUGCACAAAGGCAUCAGGAUGCAGUAAAGAGGGUGUUGGCGCUUACGGAAACGUGUUUAGUGGAACGUGAUCCAGCCACGUACAACAUUGUCACGCUGAAGCCUUUAGGAGAGAUCUUUGCUCUCGUGCUCGAUGCUGAAAAUCCUCAGCGCUUUGAUAUCGAAUACAUCAAAGGGCAGAUUUCUAAGUACUCGUCGACAGAAAGAGACUCCUUGAUGGCUAGCCUAUUGGAUGGAGUGAGAGCUUCGGGGAACAGAGACGUGUGUGUGAAGAUGGUGCCAACUCACAGGGGCCAGAGGUGGGGUUUGCUGAGCAUGCCCGUCGAUGAGGAAGUGGAAAGUCUACAUCUCAGGUUUCUCAAUGCCCCACCCAAUGGUAACUUUGCAGAUGCCGUUUUCAGGUUCAAUGCAAACGUGUCAUACAGUGGAGUUGUGCACGCUGUGACACAAGAUAGUCUUUUCUCCGAGAACAAGGAGAAACUGAUUAAUAAUGCCAUCACAGCGUUGCUCUCUCAGGAAGGGGAGCAGAGCGCUAACAACGCCGAACUGGAGAGUCAGUUUCAGGCUGUACGACGGCUCGUUGCUUCAAAGGCCGGCUUUCAAGCUUUCACCAAACUUCCCAAGUUUCGCGAGAGGUUGGGAGUGAAGACAGUGAAAGCGUUGAAAAGAAACCACGAUGGUGUUACACAUGCUGCCAUCGACAUGUUAUGUGCACUGAUGUGUCCCAUGCACGAUGACUAUGAUUUGAGACAAGAGCAAUUGAACAAAGCAUCUCUUUUAUCCUCAAAAAAAUUCUUGGAAAAUUUACUUGAUAAAUUCAAUGCCCACGUGGACCACGGGACGGGUGCACUGGUGAUUAGUUCCCUCCUAGAUUUUCUUACCUUUGCACUCUGCGCACCGUACAGCGAGACCACGGAAGGCCAGCAGUUUGACAUGUUGUUGGAAAUGGUGGCAGAAGUCGGAAGAACCUUGUUCAAACUUUUCCAGCACCCUUCCAUGGCUAUCGUGAAAGGCGCUGGUUUAGUAAUGAAAGCUAUUAUUGAGGAAGGUGACAAGGAAAUAGCUACGAAGAUGCAAGAACUGGCCUUAAGCGAAGGUGCUCUCCCUUGCCAUUUGCACACAUCGAUGUUCACCAUCAGUGCUGACCAGCGCAUGUUAACUAAUAGGCAGUUAAGUAGACAUCUGGUGGGACUCUGGACAGCUGAAAAUCCAACGGCGUUGAAUUUAUUAAAACGGAUAUUGCCAACAGGCUUAUUGGCCUACCUGGAUAGCACGGAGCAGGUACCAGAUAGAGAGACUGACAGGAUGCACAUCAGGGACAAUCUAAAAAUUGCGGCAGAUCAGUACGGGAAAGUCGGCAAGGUUCCCGAGUGGCAGCGUCGCGCUGGAAGGGCAGCGAAGGAGGUGGAGAAAUUUGCCAAAGAGAAAGUGGAUCUGCUUUUAUUGCACUGGAGGGAUAGAAUGGGCAUCGUUCAAAAAGAGAACCCCAAUCAAAAACCAGUUGUUUUACGAAAAAGACGACAGAGGAUUAAAAUAGCAGCAAAUUGGGAUCUCUUCUAUUACAAAUUUCAGAUGGACCAUGCCAAAUCUAACUUAAUCUGGAAUUAUAAAACGAGGGAAGAAUUGCGAGAUGCUUUUGAAGCGGAGAUGAGAGCGUUUAACAUCGACAGGGAGCUGGGCAGUGCCAGUGUCAUCUCAUGGAAUCACCAGGAGUUUGAGGUUAAGUACGAUUGCCUCGUGGAUGAAAUCAAAAUCGGGGAUUACUAUCUGCGCCUGCUUCUGGAAGAAGGGGAGAAUGAGGAGACUGGUGCCAUCAAGAGAUCGUAUGAAUUUUUCAAUGAGUUGUAUCAUCGCUUCCUGCUUACCCCGAAAGUGAAUAUGAAGUGUUUAUGUUUACAAGCUUUGGCCAUUGUCUACGGCAAAUGCUAUGAGGAGAUAGGACCCUUCAGUGAUACCAAAUACAUUGUCGGAAUGCUGGACAGGUGUACGGACAAACUCGAGAGGGAUCGACUCAUUCUUUUUCUCAACAAACUGAUUCUUAACAAGAAAAAUGUGAAGGAGAUCAUGGAUUCGACUGGAGUGCGAACUCUUGUGGACCUGCUAACCCUGGCUCACCUCCAUACAAGCAGAGCCACCGUCCCACUGCAGAGCAACGUUAUUGAAGCAGCGCCUGACAUGAAGAGGGAAAGUGAAAAGGAGUGGUACUUCGGCAACGCGGACAAGGAGAGACUGGGCCCUUAUAGCUUUGAAGAGAUGAAGGAGUUUUGGAAGGAUGGGGUGCUGACACCCAAGACCCGCUGCUGGGCCCAGGGGAUGGAUGGCUGGCGGACUCUACAGAGCAUCCCACAGCUGAAAUGGUGUCUCCUGGCCUACGGGCAAUCGGUGCUCAACGAGACCGACCUGGCCACGCUGAUCCUCAACAUGCUCAUCACCAUGUGUGAAUACUACCCCAGCAGGGAUCAAGAUAAUGCUAUUAUCAGACCCCUGCCCAGGAUAAAGAGGCUGCUGACGGACAAUACAUGCCUUUCUCACAUUGUUCAGCUCUUGGUGACGUUUGACCCGAUCCUGGUUGAGAAGGUUGCCAUCUUGUUGCACUACGUGAUGCAGGACAACCCCCAGCUGCCCCGCUUCUACCUCACUGGAGUGUUCUUCUUCAUCAUGAUGUACACGGGCUCCAACGUGCUGCCCAUCGCCAGGUUUUUGAAGUAUACUCACUUGAAGCAGGCGUUCAGGUCAGAGGAGUCAAAAGGGCACGAUCUAGUACAACGGAGUGUCCUGGGACACAUUCUUCCCGAAGCCAUGGUCUGUUACUUGGAAAACUAUGAACCGGAAAAGUUUUCGGAGAUCUUCCUGGGUGAAUUUGAUACGCCAGAAGCAAUUUGGAGCAAUGAAAUGAGGCGAUUAACCAUUGAGAAGAUUGCUGCUCAUUUAGCAGACUUUACCCCACGCUUACAAAGCAACACAAGAGCCUUGUAUCAGUACUGCCCGAUCCCCGCCAUCAGCUACCCUCAACUGGAAAAUGAGUUGUUCUGUAACAUCUACUACCUUAAACAUCUCUGUGACACCGUGCGAUUCCCCGACUGGCCCAUCAAAGAUCCAGUGAGAUUGCUGAAAGACACGCUGGAUGCUUGGAAGAAGAAGUGGAAAGAAGCCGCCUUCAAUGUCGAUCGAGAGGCGUACGAUGUGCUGAACCUCCCGAAAGGCCAAGGAAUGCAGGAUGAGAGCAAGAUAAGGAAAGCUUACUUCCGCCUUGCACAGAAGUACCACCCUGACAAGAAUCCCGACGGAAGGGACAUCUUUGAAAAGGUGAAUAAAGCCUAUGAAUACUUGUGCACAAAGUCGGCCAAGGCGGUGGACGGGCCUGAUCCUGAGAACAUCAUCCUUAUCUUGAAAACACAGAGCAUCCUCUUCAACAGAUACAAAACGGAUCUGGAGCCCUAUAAAUAUGCAGGAUACCCAAUGUUGAUCAAGACCAUCACGAUGGAGACUUCAGACGAUAAGAUGUUCUCCAAGGUGUCCUUGCUGCCCGCUUCCACAGAGUUGGCCUUCCACACUGUCAACUGCUCAGCACUCAACGCUGAGGAACUUCGCAGAGAGAACGGGAUAGAGGUGCUGCAGGAUGGCUUUGCUCGCUGUGUGGCGGUGUUAACAAACUCCAGCAAGAAGGACGACAUGGCAGUGCAGGUCUGCGGCCACAUCUGCCAGUGUUACAGCGUCGCUGCACAGUUUGAGGAGUGCCGGGAAAAGAUCACGGAAAUGCCCACCAUCAUCAGAGACCUCUGUAGACUGCUCUACUACGGCAAGACGUUACCGCGGACAGCGAUGCUGGCGGUCGAGUGCGUGGGCUCCUUCGCCGUGGAUUACUGGUUACAGACCCACUUGUUCCAAGCUGGUAUUUUGUGGCAUCUCCUCGUCUACCUCUUCAACUACGACUACACGCUGGAAGAAAGUGGCAUUCAAAAGUCUGAAGAAACCAAUCAGCAGGAAGUGUCGAACUGUCUGGCAAAAUUCUGUGUGUCUGCGCUGAGUCGACUGGGCGGUUACUUGUCGGAGGAAAAGGAGACACCUGAAAAUCCCACCAUCAGGAAGUGUCUGGCAGCGUUGCUCUCGCCCUAUGUCUCCAGAAGGCUUUCCAAAGACGGCCCAGCCGAGAUCCUCAAAAUGCUGAACAGCAACACGGAAAACCCGUACUUAAUCUGGAGCAACGGCACUCGCGCUGAGCUGCUGGAGUUCCUGCAGGAGCAGCAGGAGAGCAUGAUCAAGCGGGGGGACUGCGAUAAGAAUUACGGUGCGGAGUUUGUUUUCAGCGAACACGCCAAGGAGCUUAUUGUCGGUGAGAUCUUUGUCCGGGUCUACAAUGAACAGCCAGCAUUCCCCUUGGAGUUGCCCAAGGAAUUUGCAGGCAGCCUGCUGGACUAUGUGGGUUCCCAAGCCCAGUAUCUGCACACACUGAUGGCCAUCACACAGACGGGGAAGGUGGAAUCUGAUCAACAUGAGCACAGGUUGAGACCAGCUGAAAUGGCUUUGGAGGCGCUGCGUAACGUCAUCAAAAACAACCCAGGUGCUGAAAUGGAAUGCAUUGGUCACUUUAAGUUAAUCUUCUCCCUCCUACGGGUGCACGGAGCUGGGCAGGUCCAACAGCUCGCCUUGGAGGUGGUGAACAUAGUGACGGCCAACCAAGAAUGUGUCAAUAACAUUGCUGAAUCUCUGGUCCUCUCCAACCUCCUGGUUCUGCUGCAUUCGCUGCACUCCAGUCGCCUGCUCGUUCUUGAAACUCUCUACGCUCUGACAUCAAAUACAAAGAUCAUAAAAGAAGCCAUGGGGAAAGGUGCACUGGUGUAUCUUCUAGACAUGUUUUGUAAUUCAACGCAUCCUCAGGUUCGAGCCCAAACUGCAGAGCUCUUUGCCAAAAUGAUCACAGAUAAGCUUGUUGGACCAAAGGUGAGGAUAACUUUGACCAAGUUUCUACCCGGCGUGUUCAUGGAUGCUAUGCGGGACAAUCCUGAGGCAUCGGUCCAUAUAUUUGAGGGGACGCAUGAAAAUCCGGAGCUGAUCUGGAAUGACAUCUCCAGGGAGAGAGUGGCUACGACCGUUCGGGAAAUGAUGCUCGAGCACUUCAAGCAUCAAUGUGACAACCCAGAUGUAAACUGGAAGCUGCCCGAGGACUUCACCGUUGUCCACGGCGAAGCUAGAGAUGAAUUGUCCGUUGGAGGAGUCUUCCUGAGGAUUUUUAUUGCGCAGCCAGGUUGGGUUCUACGAAAGCCCAGGGAGUUCCUUGUCGCAUUGCUGGAGAAAUUAACGGAACUUCUGGAAGCAAGUAAUCCUAACGGUGAAACGUUAGAGCUGGUGACCACGGCCUCCGUCUGCCUGUUCCACUCGCAGCCCCAGUUGGCAGACCAAGUGCCGCCCCUGGGGCACCUUCCCAAAGUCAUUACCGCUCUGAACCACCAGAAUAACGCCAUCCCCAAGUCUUCAAUCCGCCUCAUUCACGCGCUCUCCGACAACGAGUUGUGUGUGCGAGCCAUGGCGGCAAUGGAGACCAUCGGGCCACUGAUGAACGGGAUGAAGAUUCGAUCGGACAUGAUCGGCCUCGCCUCGGAGUCUCUCAACCGCAUGUUUCAGAAGGAGCAGACUGACCUGGUGGCUCAGGGUCUGAAGAUGGAGUUGGUGCCAUAUCUGCUGCAGCUGUUGGAAGGAGUAGGACUCGAGAAGGUAGAAAACCCAGCCGCCACGAAGGCCCAGAUAGUCAAUGCACUGAAAUCAAUGACUCGCAGCCUGCAGCACGGUGAACAGGUAAAUGAAAUCCUGAGUCGUUCAUCUGUGUGGAGUGCCUUUAAAGAUCAGAAGCAUGAUCUAUUCAUUUCUGAGUCGCAAACGUCAGGAUAUCUUACAGGUCCUGGGAUUGCUGGCUAUCUUACUUCGGGAACAAUGUCGGCGGUCAUUCCGAGCGGACCUCCACCCGUGGACAGUGAAGGGGUCGAUGUGGGCCGAUAAGAGAGUAGGCCAACAUUCCUCGCCUUGAAGAUGACGUACAUCAGUCACAGUUGUGAACCAUCCUCCGGAGUAAAGUGUUGUACACAACUACAAAAGAAGUUGAUUCUUGUUGCAUUCAGAAUGUAAUCUUGCAUUUUAUUUGUAAAGGUGGUAAAUUUUAUACAACCGAUCAACAUGUUCCAUUCAAAAUGGCAUUGUUCACGAAUGGAAAGUUUCGAGAUUUUUUCAAGUACCCAAAUCUUUACUUUUUGCACUUAAUAUAUCGGACUGUGAGUCUAAAUACUGGAUCGUUUUUGUUUAAUUUUACAGUUUUUAGUUUUCAGUUUGUGGGGAGAACAGGAGUUAAUAUCUCUGCAGCUGGCCAACUAUCUGCCUGCUACUUUAAAAAAAAAACGUGACAGUAAGAUUUUUUUUGUUUUGGUUUGAGAAACAACUUUGGCGUAGAAUAAACUGAUUUCUGAUUAGGCCAUGGACCACGAUUCCUCCACCGGCUGAUCUUUAAUGAGCCUGCCCGAUUGAAAACCUUGUAAAACAUUUGUAUAACUGUUUCCAGUUUCUGAGGGGUGCCUCGGAAAAUAAAGUAUUAACUUGAACAUUCAUAUAAAUACCUACUGUAAUUGUGACCUGUGCUAUACAAUACCAAUGUGUAAACUUUCUAUAUUUGAAUGUACAUUAGUAAAUUGGUCAUUGUACAUAAAAUUUUAAGAAUAAAGUGCAAAGGGAAUUA